AUGUCGUCGUCUUCGCCUUCCCUCCUCUCAUCGCGGCUCCCCUCCCCCGCCACCCUCUUCACAAAGAAGCCGGCUUCCCUGCGCUCCGUUUCCUCUGCGACGGCGAGACACGGGGUUCGGGUGGUGGUAGCCGCGGCGUCGGCGGCCGCAGCGGCACCGGUGUCCGCGGCGCGGGUGCGACCGUCGGCGGCGGAGGUAGCGCGGACGGUCGUGGAGCUUGCCGCGUCUGGGACGCUCUCCGUGGUGGGUCCCGACGGCUGGCCUCUCGGCGUCGGCGCGCGCUUCGUCACUGAUGCUGCCGGUGCGCCCGCGCUCUGCCUGGCUGCCGCGGGGGUCGCCGCGCUCGAUGCGCCGUCCAGCUUCCACGUCGAGUUUCGACAGAGUGGGGCUAGGACACCACAAUGUACUAUGCUUGGUGCCUUAACUAAGCCUAGUGAUGAAUCUGUGUUGAAGAAGCUUUCUACUAGGUGGCAAAAGAAAUUUGGGGAAGAGAUUGAUCAAGAUCUUUUGUAUUUAAUAUCUGUUGAUCGGAUCUUGCAUAUGGAAGAUUUCAAUGAGGACGGCAUGUGGGUAGUUCCAUCAGAGUACACCAGUGCAGAACCUGAUCCUCUACGCAAUUUUGCUGAAAACAUUGUGGAGGAAUUUAACAGCAAAAAUGCUGAAGACGUCCAUAGGAUAUACAGCAUAUAUGUCGAAUCAGAUUUUCAGGUGUCAGAUGUGAAGAUGAUAUGGGUUGACAGGCUAGGUUUCGAUUUUCAUGUUCAUUCUGGGGAAGGUAUCUUUGCUGUUCGGAUCCCUUUUUCAAGGGAGGUCUCUGAUGAGAAGGGGGUAAAAUCAUCAUUCAACAUGAUGUCUCAUCAUGCCUGGGAGGUGGAGAAGAGCUAUGCCAGUCCAGAGUUUGAGAAGGUACAGUUCUUGAAGAAGAUAAUGCUGAAGAUCUCUUACCUUGUGAUUUCCUACAUGUGCAAGAAAGAUGCGGCCGGCGGAGGGUGGUGCGGUGGGUUUCAACGCAGGAGCACAGCCGAGGGCAAGUUUUUUUACUGUUGCCCCUUCCAUAAGAGGAAUUCGGGUUGUCCUUUUUUCUACUGGGAAGAUGAAUAUGAGGAGCAUCUGAAGGUGCUAGCCAAGGAAGUACUGUUGGCUCCAUUGUUGGCAAGUGAUGGAGAGCACAACACUGGAGUUCCCAAAGUGGAGGCAGUAGCUUCUGAGAUGAAGGAUAUUGGGCUGGUAGCACCUAGGGAAGAACCAAUGGUGAAGGAGUCAGAAGUGUUAGCAGUAGCACCUAGGGAAGAACUGCUUGUGACAUUGAAAGCUCUGUGUUUUGUGUGUGUUUGUAUGCUAGUAGUUCAGGUGCUGAUCUUGUUAGUGUUGUUAGUGAAGUGA